UUAGAAAACCUACUAGAAAAGUUUGCACUGAUAUAGUUAUGUAAUCAUUCAAACCCUGCAUUUGAGUGAGAGGUCAGACACAGAAGCCUUAGAACUUAAGAAUGUGGAAAUAUCCUCAGCUCAGAGGAAAUCCUUAUUUCUCAAAUAUUUCAUGUUGGAGACUAACCUUGUGAAUGUGGAAAAACUUCCAUUCAGAUGUCACAACUCAGUCAGAGAAUUUACAGUGGGGGAAACCCCUUUGCCUGUAAAGUAUGUGGGAAAAUCUUCAGCCACAAAUCAAAUCUCAUAGAACAUGAGAAUUUUCAUAAUAGAGAGAAACCCUUUGAAUGUAAUGAAUGUGGAAAAGCCUUUAGCCAAAAGCAAUAUGUGAUUAAGCAUCAGAACACUCAUACUGGAGAGAAGCUUUUUGAAUGCAGUGAUUGUGGAAAAUGCUUUAGCCCGAAGGAAAACCUUCUUACCCAUCAGAAAAUUCACACUGGAGAGAAACCUUUUGAAUGCAAAGAUUGUGGUAAAGCUUUCAUUCAGAAGUCCAACCUCAUUAGGCAGCAGAGAACUCACACAGAUGAGAAACCUAUCAUAUGUAAAGAGUGCGGAAAAACCUUCAGUGGCAAAUCAAACCUUACUGAGCAUGAGAAAAUUCACAUUGGAGAGAAACCCUUUAAAUGUAGUGAAUGUGGAACAGCUUUUGGCCAGAAAAAGUACCUCAUAAAGUACCAAAACAUUCACACUGGUGAGAAAUCCUAUGAAUGUGGAAAAGCCUUUUCUCAAUGAACAUCACUUAUUGUGCAUGUGAGAAUUCAUUCAGGUGAUAAACCUUAUGAAUGCAAUGUAUGCGGCAAAGCCUUUUGUCAGAGUUCAUCUCUCACAGUGCAUGUGAGGAGCCAUACAGGUGAGAAGCCCUAUGGUUGUAAUGAAUGUGGAAAAGCGUUUUCUCAGUUCUCCACCCUCGCUCUGCAUUUAGGUAAGAAGCCUUCCCAGAGCAGUGAGUGUGGGAAGGCUUUCAGCCAGAAGUCACACUAUAUCAGACACCUGAAAAUCCAUACUCAUUAA